AUGGUAACAAUAUUCAGGACAAAAAGGCUACACACCAACACGAACAUUUUCAUUCUGUCAGUUGCUUUACUUGAUUGUUUCAUGGCAGUAUCUGACUUCGUGCAAGGAAUAAUUUACAGCACGGCUGUCAAGAUUAACAUUCAUAAUACAAACGUUAUGGAUGCAAUCCUGUUUGGAACAGGAUAUAGCGCUAUAACCUUGUCAUGUACACACAUGGCAAUUAUUGCUAUUGACCGCUAUGUAAACAUCGCCCAUCCGUUUUACUACAUUUUAAAUAUAACCAAACGACGCGUCAUUGUAUUGCUGCUUAUUGCCUGGAUGUUUGGCUUGGUCUAUUGCAGUGUUCCUAUAAUAUUGUACCGAGAUGGCAAAUAUCAUGCAAAGUGCAUUUCAGUGCAUCCUCCAUUUGAGUAUUUCAUUACUAACGUAUUAUUAAAUAUCAUUGACUAUGUUAUAAUCUUUAUAUGCUAUUUCAAAAUAUCGUGUUUGGCUUUCCAACAUAAAAAAGCCGCCAAUGCCCGUAGACUACAAACUGAAAACCCCACAAAUGUUUUCAAAUUACGAAACAAUCGAGCAGCGGCCAUGAAAAGUGUCAAAUUUUUCGUUUUACUGUUUGGAACAUUUUUUGUUUUCACUUGUCCCCAAAUGCUUACACAAGGAAUGGUGUUUUUGUCAUGCAGCAUACCAGAAAAUGUAGUGUUCUUCAUGGGUAACUUAUAUGAUGUGCAUUCAGCCAUGAAUUGGGUCAUUUACUUUCAUUUCAACAAGGGUUUCUCAGAUGGGUUUAAGAGAUUGCUGUCAGAUAUGAGUACUUUUGGACGGAAACCAUGUGGAGGCUGUGAUAGAAGAAAUAAUUAG